AUGCCCAAUUAUGCUAGGUUUUUAAAUGAUAUUGUGAGUGGAAGAAGAAAUUGUGAUGUUGAAACGGUGAACCUCACCGAAAUUUGUAGUGCAAUCAAAAUGAACAAGAUGCCUCCAAAGUUAGGAGAUUCGGGUAACUUUUUCAUUCCUUGUGCCAUAAAUCGAAUACAAAUUGAUAAUGCUUUAUGUGACUUAGGGGCUAGUGUUAGCCUUAUGUCAUAUACGGUUUACCAAAGACUUGAUAAAGGGGAGCUUUUGCCUACCAACAUUACCCUCCAAUUAGCAGAUAGAUCAAUCAAAUUUCCUAAGGGUAAAGUAGAGGAUGUUCCUUUAAGGGUUGGAAAGUUUGUUAUACCGGUUGAUUUUGUUUUGCUUGACAUGGAUGAGGAUGUGCAUAUUCCUAUCAUUCUAGGGAGACCUUUUCUAGCUACUUCCGGUGCUCUGAUUGAUGUGAAAAGUGCUAAAAUUACACUCAAAGUAGGUGAAGAAGUUCUUGAGUUUGAUUUGAAUGCAAGCAUGAAAUAUCCUAAUUCUACUUUAAAGAAAUGCAUGAAAAUUGACACCAUUGAUUGUAUUGUGAAUUCUAUGCAAGAGCACUUGCUCUCUACUAACAAUUCCCUUGAGAAUGUCUUGUUAAACAAGGAAAAGAUAGGGGAUCAAAGCAAGGAAAUGGCGUUGUAUGAAGGGUUGCUUGCUGAGAAUGUUGAAGGAAACGUUGAGCAAGCUUGCAUGGGAAUCACACCCAAACAUGCUUUGGAGAUUGCCACUACAAAGGAAGGUAAGGGUGUGCCUAUGGUCGAGCUAAAACCUCUACCAUCACACCUUAGGUAUGAAUUUCUUGGACCCAAUUCCACAUUUCCCGUUAUUGUGAGUGCAUCUUUGAAUGAACACCAAACUCGAAUGUUAUGUGGUGUAUUAAGAAACCACCAAAAUGCCUUGGGCUAUACCAUUGAUAAUCUCAAGGGUAUUAGUCCCGCUAUUGCAUGCAUCACAUAA